GCCUCGCACAUGCUAUAAAGCGAAGAAGGCUCGACUUGACUCCGAGUCAGAUGCCUCAGAGCCUCAAAAGGAGAGGUCUAUGGAAAUGCAGGAGAUAGCCAGCCCGCCAAGUCAUUUGAGUGGAAGCAGCGACUCUCCGGGCGGAGCGAAGAUUGGCAGCUCGACCGUUACCACGAACUCCGUCACUCCUGAUGGGACGGAAGGGGAGAACAUGACAAUGCUAAACACAGCAGACUGGGCUCUAAGCUGUAACUCGCAGGCAGUCUCUGCGAGUGCCAACCUGUCUGUUAAAACAGAACCAAUGAGCAACAGUGACAUCCCUGCUUCCACAGGAGACGCCUCGUUAGACAGCUAUUCGGGUUCAGCUAUCGCCAGCAGCGGCUACAGUCCAAGACAAACACACCAGUAUUCCCCGCAGAUUUACUCAUCAAACAGGUCAUACCCCCACAUUCUGUCAGCACCACCCGCCCAGCCCAUGGCUACCUACGCGGGGCAGCCGCAGUACCCAGCGGUGAUGGCCCAGGCCGCUCCCUACAGCACGUACACGCAGCCCGGGCAGCACUAUGGUCUGCCAGCAUCUGAUGCACUGUGGGCAGGGAUCAAGACGGAGGGCGGUUUGCUGCAGGGUCAGACGGCCGGCCAGGCGGGCUACCUCACCACAUACGGAGCUGGCUUCAGCGUGCCCCAGCCAGGACAGACGGCAUACUCGUAUCAGAUGCAAGCGGGAGGAAGCUUUACGACCGCUUCGGGGAUAUACCCUCCGAGCAAUUCCAUCACAAGUUCGGCAGGAUUCAGCAGCUCUCAACAGGAGUACUCGUCAUACGCCGGCUUCCCGCAGGGGCAGUACGCCGUCGGGCAGUACUACCCGAGCGCCGCCUACGGCACCUACAUGGCCAACAGCAGCAGCAGCCCGUCCACCCCGCCCGCCACGGCUGCCACCUAUACCCUGCAGGAGCCGGCGCCUAUCACUACCAGCCAGGCCGCGGAGUACGGCACCCUGCAGAGCCCCACGACACCCGGGAAGGAGUCCGAGGAGAGGACGCGCCGCGCUUCCGGCGGAAAAUCCAGGGGUCGCGGGAGAAGGAAUAACCCCUCUCCACCUCCCGAUGGAGACUUGGAGAGGGUUUUCAUUUGGGACUUGGAUGAAACGAUUAUCAUCUUCCACUCACUCUUGACGGGCUCAUACGCCACAAGAUACGGCAAGGACCCUCCAACGUCCGUGUCGUUAGGCCUGAGAAUGGAGGAGAUGAUUUUCAACCUCGCCGACACGCACUUAUUCUUCAACGACUUAGAGGAGUGCGACCAGGUGCACAUCGAUGAUGUGUCGUCGGACGACAAUGGUCAGGAUUUGAGCACGUACAACUUCGCCACGGACGGAUUCCACGCGUCGGCGACGAGCGCCAACCUGUGCCUGGCGACUGGCGUGCGCGGCGGCGUCGACUGGAUGAGGAAGCUCGCCUUCCGCUACCGGCGCGUCAAGGAGAUCUAUAACAGCUACAAAAACAACGUCGGAGGCCUCCUCGGGCCACCGAAGCGGGACGCCUGGCUGCAGCUGCGCGCAGAGAUCGAGGCCCUCACCGACUCCUGGCUCACGCUCGCGCUCAAGUCGCUCUCGCUCGUCCACUCCCGGUCAAACUGCAUCAACGUGUUGGUCACCACAACCCAGCUGGUGCCAGCCCUGGCCAAGGUGCUCCUCUACGGCCUGGGAAUCGUGUUCCCCAUAGAGAAUAUUUAUAGCGCAACAAAAAUAGGCAAAGAAAAUUGCUUUGAGCGAAUUAUGUCCCGGUUUGGCCGGAAGGUAGUGUAUGUGGUUGUGGGCGACGGCGUAGAGGAAGAACAGGCCUCAAAGAAGCACAACAUGCCGUUCUGGCGCAUCUCAAGCCACUCGGACCUCAUGGCCCUGCACCACGCCCUGGAGCUGGAGUACCUGUAGUGCCUGCGCUUGAGUCGCACCGCCGCCACCGCCGCCGCCACUGCUGUCGUCCCGGAGCUCAAGACGCCUGGACUCGGUGGAGCCGAGUGAAGAAGUCUCUUCUUAGCCCCAGGCCGACGGCUUGAGCAAAGCAAGACUUCGCCCGUGCCUCACUCUGCCACGGCGGGGACACGAAAAGUGAUUUCUCUUUAACAAACAAAAAAAAAUCUACAGAUAAUUUUGUUCGCCCCCGGACGAAAGGGGACCUAUGGUGGAACGGAGCUUACUUGAUGUUACCAAGGAUUUGCAUGGACCCUUUUUACGUCCAAACCGGCCUGGCAGAAAAAGGAGAAGGUGUGCAAGACUCACGGUGGACUUGGGAUGAAGCCCGGAGUGUUUCUUCAGCCACAGAUGCGGUGUUUUCUGGGGUUUUUUUAUUCAUUGUUUCAACAGUGGCUUGAUAUCUGCUCUUAAGUGCUCAAGUAACAAAAAGGCUACAUUACAAAUGACAGACACAGAUGGAGAAAUCAGAAUGUUGACAACUAUAAGAGAAAAGGGAGGGGGGCGGGGGGUGGUGGGGUGGGCUGGUGGGGUGGGAGUCUGUUAUCAAAAUGUGUUUGCGAAGAUGUAAACCGUUGUAAUGUAUUUAUUGUAAUUUUUCACCUCCCCCCCCCCCCCCCCCCGUCAUUUGCUGAAGGUACGUAAAAAAAGGAGACCGGUUCUGAGAGCAAGAUGCUCGGAUAUGUUGUAAAAAACAAACAUGCAGAUCUGCAUCGACAAUCAAAUGUACACUUCCUGCCGUCAUUUAACCCAUUGUUUAAAAGAAAGGGGGGAGAUGGAAACGAAAACGAAACAUUAAAAGGUCGUGACGUGUAAGUUGUGGGGGGGUGGGCCGUGUGUCGGCAUUGAAAAUGAUAAAUCACGUCGGCACGUGCUUCUGUCGUGCCACGUUUUUCACGAAUUACUACUAUGUCACAAUGCAUCGUGGGUAAAUAUGUAGAUACAAAUAAAAUUAACUUCCGUCCUUGUUUGACCAAAAUGCGUCACUCGAAAUCAAAGCUUCUAAUCAUGUGUGACUGUUAAUGAUGAUGGCAGACACGCGGAAUUGUCAGUAUAUAUUUUUUAAUUGUCGCCUUUCGUGUAUCUUUUACUGUAGAAAUUGGAAGCUGAUUUGUAAAUUGAUCUGUUUCGUGCAUUUAAGAGUAACGUAUUUGUUGUUUAAAAAAAAGACCUAAGGUUGAAGCAAAAAAAACGUUUUGUAAGUAAAGUAUGGAAGUAUGUGAUAUUCCCUUUGUGUGUAGAAAAUCAAUAUCAACUUGGACAGCAUCUGUCAGCAUUUAGAAUGUUCUACCUUGUUCGCUGCUGCAGCAAACUGUUUCCUAUGCAAUUCAAGCAUGACGUUUAUAGGCGUAGGGAUUUUUUUAAAAUAAUUAGACAAUAUUGACAGUGGUGCCUUUUAUUACCAAGCUGUGCGCUGUUCAGCAAUUGAGUUGAAAUCUCUAAUUGUAAGCACUCGAGACUAAAUGAACUCUCAACUGUGAUUGUGCGAUAUUUAGUUUUAAGUUCAGCAAAUGUUGUGGCUGGCAUUAAUUGAAAAGCAAAACAAAACGCCUUCUGUUUGGAAAAUUCAUUAUUUGUUGCAUUUAAGUUGUUCAACUUUUCCUGUAUCUUUCCCAGAAUGAAUUACUCUGUGUGCGUUAUUGAAAGCCGGAUAAAUGUAAAACGUCUUAACCAACAAACUUAGCCGUGUCCAGUUUGGUGAAAUGAAUGUUUGCGAAGUUCCCUUAAAUCACGGCUGCUCAACUUUUGACGUCGCUGGGGUUCGUAUUGGAAGCAGAUUAAAUAAAUAAAUAAAAUGCCUCGCAUAGCAAUUAUUUUGAGUGCGAGCUUUGCCGAAAAUGAACAUCCGCGAAUAUGAACAAAAGUGGCAUGCACGAGUACGAACUAUAUUGAACUUUACAAUUUGCAUUAAAUUUAACAAGUGCAUGAAUGUGUUGGCAGAAGGAAUUUAGCAGUGAAAGGUUACACAUUGAGCAGCCUUGCUUUAAGUGCAUUCGGGUCAUGCUGUGUACGGAAAGAGGAUCGUUUAUUGCCACCAUAUGAAUAUGAGCUCCAUUCUCACCCACGCCAAAAUGUCCCAACGUUUCGUUGUUCGCAAGGCAUUUUAUAUCGCUCUGCCGUGUAUGUCUGUGGGAAACUGGCUUCUGAUUGCAGAUUCAAAAGGGACAUGCUUUUGACUUUUCUAACAUUUGAGAGAAGUACAUUUUAAAAACAAUAACCGGGUGAUCACACGCACUAGACGACGCUUGAGCAAGCCGUCCCUGUUUUCGUGUCGGCGUGGGUUUUGUCUCCUUUUUCCGAGUCAAAACAGCCGACUGCUGCGACAUCCAGGCGAAGGGAGACAGAGGCCCCUUUUUCCUCCUGACGUUGACCUCGUAAAAGCUUUGGUUUGUGAACUGAAACAUUUCAGGGUGACGUGGUGUAGGAGUUUGCCCUCCUCCAUACACACUUCUUCGUUUAGUCACGCGGAUGAGCGAGUGGCCGUCACUGAGACCCGAGUGGGACGUGUGACGCUUGCCUUCCAUUUGUAUUAUAUAUAUUGCGUGUUCUAGUCUGGGAAAAAAUUAACAGGAGCCUUGCAAUAUGUUUAGCUAAUUUAAUAAAAAUGUUGUUUGAGAUGACA